AUAGAUUUCAUUACCAUUUUCAAAACAUUAAUAAUAGAAAAAUGUCUUAUGGAAGCCAAUACACAAAACAACUAAACAAAACAAACAACACCUCAAAUUAAGGUCCCAUAAAAAAGUACAACUUCAGUAGAAAGUUCAUCCCACAAUUCAAAAUAUGUUUAUCAUAUCUGCAGCAUGAACAUUAGUUUUUCUCAAUCUUUAUAAUCUUCUUCAUCUUGGUUGAAGAAUGCUGCAAUAGGUCAUCAGAUUCUCCUUCCAUGGACUCACAAUUAAAACUCCUCUUUAAUGAAGAUUGGACAUCAUUCGGUGGAUCCUCAUUAUCACCAAUCCUUGCCCGAUUCUGCUCUUCUUCUCCUUUCUUCCCGCUGCAGCCAAAGAAAAAGAGGAACCCAGCCAUGCCUUGGAAAAUUGGUGAGAAAGCUUGGAGGUUUCUCCUUCCUUCUUGCUCUAGAACCUGAAUUGGAACCCAGAAAUUCUCCCCCCUGCAUAAAGCUUUCGGAUCUGCCUUGCUCUGCUCCUCACCGCCGGCUGCUCCUGCUUGUGGGGGGCGAAUUGCUUGGGUUUUGGAUUUGCCGCCGGCCUCUUCCCCCCUGCAGCUCCGGUUUUAGCUGGAAAAUUCUGGUAUGUGACAGCCAUUUAAGGCUUAAAUUAUCCAUUUAAAGUUGCUGCUUGUAAUGUCCAAAUUUGGCUAGGAUAUGGGGGAAAUUCCGGUAGCAAUUAAGAGGGAUUUAAGUGUGUUUUGUUGCUUAAUUCUAGUGAGAUUUAUGUGAUUGAGUGUUAGUUGGUUGUUGUGAUUUUUGGAGAGAAAAUACCGUAAGAUUAGCUAGUGUUUUGGCCAAUUUGUGGGAGUGGAGUUACUGUUCACGUCGGGGUACUGUUCACCGGUUACUGUUCACACCCCGAGGGCCAACAUUUAACGGGGAUUUAAAUGAUUAGUUUGUGAUAUAAGAACGAAUUUGGAGAUAUUUGAUUAUGUGGAGAUUGAUAGGAAUAGCAUCGGGAUUAGGAGUGAUCUUAAUGAUGAUUUCAGUUUGAAUGUGUGAUAGUCCGAUAUUAAUUCUGAGGUGUUUUGAUUAGGAUCCCGAUCGUUCUGUCAGUUAGCAUUGAGAUUGAGUGCUCGGUUUUAUGCGAGUGAGGUAAGUAAAUUUAUGGUAAUGCCCGUAUUGUUUUAAAAGCAUGUUUUGAUUUGUUUUUGAAGUGGUGGCGGGACUAAACCCAUUUUACACAAGCAUAACUGAUUUGAAGUGAAAUGUUUUAUGCUUUUCAUUAAAUUGAGCAUGCCUACUUGAAAGUUUAAAUGACUAUCCUGAUGAUUUGAAAGUGAUUGUGAAUCGUGAUUUUUCUGUUAACUUCUGCCUGUUUUGUCUCUGAUAUGGUCAUGUUAUUCGUGUGCCCGCUAGUGGGAGGUUUAUAAACGCUAGCACAUGUCGACAUGUUACUGAUAGAACUGGUUCGUUUCUGUAACCCUACUAGUGGGGGUUAAACACUAGUAAUUUCUGUAGCUUGUCAAUGGGAGGUUUAUAACACUGGCCGUGACCUAUAGAGGAGACGUCUAUUUCGUUCCCGUACUGUAUCCGUUUUGCGUGAUUGCACAUGUGGCAUGCUAUAAGUUUAAAUAAGGGGCACUCCAUAUU